AUGAUAAUUCAAAACCACUCUUCCUUUUUCAAUGAUCUUCAUCUCACCCUUCUCUUUUUCUUUGUUACUGCAGAUAUUGUCCUUUCUACUCUCCUUUUUUGCUCAUCUCAUCAUUAUUAUCGUUAUUAUUUUUUGUUUAUUUUCGGCUUUUGUUUCUAUUUGAUUCACUUUCUUUUCAAUUUCUUCUCUCUUUCCCUUUCCUUCUCUCUUAAAGUUGUUUCUUUCUUUUUUGGUUCACUUACCCUUUUUUUUUUCUUUCACUUUCUUUUCUGUCGUUCUUUAUUUUAUCUUUUGCUUUCCACUCGCUAUUUAGCUCGUUCUCGCCCCUUUUCUACCUUUUAUAUAACAUAUCUUUUCGCCGUCAUUUUUAAACCGAUAUUUACGUUUUCUAUUUAUACUUUUCUAACUCCGAUUCAAUAUUCUCUCUCUCUCUCUCUUUCCUUCUCUCUCUCUUUCCUUCUCUCUCUCUUUCCUUCUCUCUCUUUCCUCUCCCCCUCUCUCUCACUCUCUAUCUCUCUCUCUCACUCGCUCUCUCUCUCUCAUAUUUACGUUUUCCAUUCUUUUCCUUUCAUCUUUCUGAACUUUUAUUCUUUGACUGCUUUCUUUCUUUCACUUAAAGGUUUUAAUUCUUGUUUAUUUUUCACUUCAUUUUACUGCCUUUUCUUUUCGAUAUUAAAUUUAUUUUUACUUCUUUCUUUCAUCUUUCUCAUAUGUCAUUCUUUGGCUGUUGUCUUUCUUUCACUUAGAGGCUUUCAUAUUAUUUUCACUUCAUUUUACCGCCUUUUUCUUUUCAUACGUCUUUUCCUUUUCAUUGUUUUUUUUUUUUUGUCACUACUUUCAUUCAUUUGGGCAAUGUUUCUUUCUUUAGCUAUUUUCAUUCUUUUGCAUACAGAUUUUUAUUUUUUUUUCACUUUAUUUUCGCGCCUUUUCCUUAUGAUAAAUUUAUCUCUUUUCUUUCAUUUUCUUAUUUGUAAUUUUUCUUCUUACGUUCUUCCUUUCUCUUACUAUUAUAUUUUCGCUUACUCGCAUUUAACUUUUUCGAUUUAUUUCAUUUAUUCUCGCAUUCUUUUCAUUCAUUUUUCUUUUUUUACUGUUUCUUUCUUUACAUCGUUUACUUCCAUAAUCCCUACCAUCCACUGUAAUACCCUUACUUCUUUCUUUAAUUGUAUUAUUUACACUUUCUUCGCCUUCUUUUCUUUUUGCUAUCCCUUUAUUCUUUUCCUUCUUUCUUUUUUUCUUUCUUUCUUUCUUUAUUUCUUUCUUAUUUUCUUUCUUUUCUUAUUCAUUCUUCGCUUAUUGUCCAUCCAUCCUUUCACUUUUCCUCUGUCCCUUCUUUGUCGCCUUUCUUUUCUGUCUGUUCGCUAA